UCCUGUCCCUCCCCGUCCCCCGUGUGACCAGCGCUCCCGGAGCCAUUACACAAGCCUGGCCCCGCCCACUGCACCCUGUCUAUUUACUCCUCCCGCGGCCGGGUCUUCUUCUCGCUUUGCUCGUUGCCUAUCUGAACCGGUCACCGACGCCAUGGUCCGCUAUGUGGAGAGUCUGGGGGAAUUUAAGACUGCCCUGAUAGAAGCUGGAGACUCACUUGUAGUUGUGGACUUCACAGCCACAUGGUGUGGGCCAUGUAAAAUGAUUGGACCUUUCUUUGAUACCCUGAGUACAAAGUACGCCGAUGUUGUGUUUCUUAAAGUGGAUGUGGAUGAUGCAGCGGAUAUUGCAGCAGAAUGUGAUAUUAAAUGUAUGCCAACUUUUCGCUUCUAUAAAAAUGGAAAACAGGUGCAUGAAUUCAGUGGUGCCAACCAGACCACUUUGGAGCAGAAAGUGGUAGAACUAAAAUAAUAUGUAAUGGCUAUCUGCUAAUAUUCAUGUAUUUUCUAUAUAUUAUGUACACAUUUUAAACAGGCUAUCAAAUACUUAUAUAUGAAGGAAACUGCAACCAUUCCUCUUUAGUCAAGCUCUAUAGAACGUGCUAACAUUUCCAUUACUAUUGUGCUGUAAAUGGAAUGAAUCCAAGGACCUGAGUUGAUUAAAAUGUCUGCUAGACCCCA